ACAUAUGUUAGAUGAACGACAAUCAGGGGUUCCGUUCGUUCAGUUUAUUUAGUGGGUUUUGGCCGUGCAAAUAAUAAAUUUGCCAAAUAUAAAUUAUAUUCAACUUUAUUAACCACUAUUCAACAAUAGCAGACGAUCGCAAGCAGGGUGAAAAACGCCAACAACAACAAGAACCAACCAACGUCGACGACGACUAACACGACGACAACAGAGACACAACAGCAACAACAACAAAAACAACACCUGCUGCAAAAUGGAGGCAGAGGGUCUGACAAAUGAACAAACGGAUAAGGUGCUCCAAUUUCAGGACUUGACUGGCAUCGAGGAUAUGAACAUAUGUCGCGACAUACUAAUACGCCAUCAAUGGGAUCUCGAGGUGGCCUUCCAGGAACAGAUGAACAUACGCGAGGGUCGUCCCACAAUGCUGACAGCAUCGUCCGAUGUGCGUGCACCGACCGUCAUCAAUGAUCGUUUCCUGCAACAGAUCUACUCAGCGAAUAUGCCCGGCGGCCGAAUAGCGAGGCGGGUACGGUCCAAUGCCGAGCCAAUGCCGCGCAGUCUUACCGGCAUCUUAGGCUAUGUGAUCAAUUUUGUGUUCCAAUAUUUCUACUCAACACUGUCGGGCAUUGUGCGUGCAUUUAUCAACAUUGGCGGCGGCAAUGAGCCGCGCCUCGUCACAGAUCCACUCGCCGAUGUGAUGAAAUUUAUACGCGAGUAUUACGAAAGAUAUCCGGAGCAUCCGGUAUUCUAUCAGGGCACCUAUGCCCAGGCCCUGAACGAUGCCAAGCAGGAGUUGCGUUUUUUGCUCGUCUAUCUGCACAAGGAUCCCAGUCGCAAUCCAGAUGUUGAAUCGUUUUGCCGUGAAACCCUCUCCUCCAGAUCGGUCAUCGAUUAUAUUAGCGCCAAUACGUUGCUUUGGGGCUGUGAUGUCUCCACGCCGGAGGGCUAUCGGGUGAUGCAAUCGAUAACGGUGCGCACCUAUCCACUGAUGGUGAUGAUUAGUCUGCGGGCGAAUCGAAUGAUUAUCGUUGGCAGUUUCGAGGGUGAUUGCACAGCGGAGGAGCUGCUGCGACGCCUCCAAUCGGUCAUCUCGGCGAACGAGGUGUGGCUGAGUCAGGCACGUGCCGAUCGCCUGGAGCGCAAUUUCACACAGACCCUGCGACGCCAACAGGAUGAGGCCUACGAGCAGAGUCUGCUCGCCGACGAGGAGAAGGAGCGUCAGCGUCAACGCGAACGCGACGUCGCCCGGCAACUGAUCGCGGCCGAGGAGCAGGCCCGCCGUGAUAUCGAAUUGCGGAAGGAGGAGAUUGCUCGACUCAAAAUUGAGCUGGUCAAUCAGGUGCCGAGCGAACCGGCUGUCAAUGCCGAGGAUGCCAUUGCCGUUGUAUUUAAGCUGCCCAGCGGCACGCGUCUCGAACGGCGCUUUCAGCAAACAAAUUCCAUUUUGGAUGUAUACCAUUUUCUGUUCUGCCAUCCCGAAUCGCCGGAUGAAUUCGAAAUCACAACGAAUUUUCCCAAGCGUGUUUUAUAUUCCAAGGCAGCGGUGGAUGCCGCCGAGGGAUCGGCAAACGAGAUCGUUAAUAAAACCCUUAAGGAAGUUGGCCUGAAGAAUCGAGAGGUGCUCUUUGUCAAUGAUCUGGAGGCGUAACCAAGUUCUACCACCAAAAUAGAAUUGAAGCAACACCCAAGCAAAAUAAAAACGAUAAACAUUGUUUUACCAACUAAACAAAAACUAAAAACAAAACAAAAAAAUCAAAAAUCAAAAAAUGCAUUACCAAAAAACUUGAACCAAGUUUGAAGGAAGAGUAGUCGGUAGUCGGUAGUCCUUACGUCCAAAACUUAUGUGGCUGUAGUUGGGAGGUUAAAAAUACACACAAGAAAUAUUCCUAACUGA